AUGCCCUUCAAGCUUCAAGAUGAUCGGCCCACAGGGAAUGGUGCACAAUUGCUUCAAGGUGAUCGGCCCACAUGGAAUGGUGCACAAUUGCUUCAAGGUGAUCGGCCCACAGGGAAUGGUGCACAAUUGCUUCAAGGUGAUCGGUCCACAUGGAAUGGUGCACAAUUGCUUCAAGGUGAUCGGCCCACAUGGAAUGGUGCACAAUUGCUUCAAGGUGAUCGGCCCUGGAAUGGUGCACAAUUGCUUCAAGGUGAUCGGUCCACGUGGAAUGGUGCACAAUUGCUUCAAGAUGAUCGGCCCACAUGGAAUGGUGCACAAUUGCUUCAAGGUGAUCGGCCCACAGGGAAUGGUGCACAAUUGCUUCAAG